GCUUCUGCUACUCCUACACAGGGCGCAGUCUCUGCUGGUUCACCCUGGAUGCCAUGAUGGGCACGGACAGCCUGGCAGGAGGGCUGCCUAUGGACAGAGCAGCAGCAUGAAAGCACAGCUUCGGCAUGGUGUGAGCUGGGGAACCCACCUCGUCCUCACUUUCAAGGACUUUCACCCACCUAGGACAUGGUGCAGCGCCAGCAGAGUCAGUUACUAUAGGGAUUGGGGUGGGGCGGUGCUGCUUGCAUGGGAACAAAGGUUCUCCUCUCCAGGCACAGAGGUGCUGUGCAAAGAGGAAGAGCUUGAGGAAAAGGCAGUUGCAGCCCCAGGUGGGACCAUGAAGACCUGGCAGAACACUUUUGCCGAGAUUGCAGCUAAGUGCUUAAAAGAGCCUUGGACACUUCAGGAGGAUGAUAACCUGCAGGUCCACGACCUCAAGCCUGGCUGGAAGGAGUUUGUGCAGAGCCAUACUCUUGGGAGGUUUCAGUGCUCCCAGUGCUUCCGUGAGUGGUCUUCAGCCAAAGUGCACAUCCUCUUCCACAUGUGCUUGCGCAAGGGCCGGGGCAAGGUGCGCAUGCGAAUCUUCCGCCAGGCAUGCAGACGCUGCCCCCACGCCCCGCUGGAGGAGCCUGAUUUCAGCCAGGAGACUGUGGAGAAGGUUCUGCACAACCUGGUGCUGCAGAUUCUCAAUUGCUUCUACCGUGUGACAGUCCAGGCCUCCGAUUUCCUGAACGUUGUGGUGGAUGUCCCAGUGUCAGGGCCACACGACAGCACCCGCUGCGAGGGCUGCCAGCUUGGCAUUUGCAGCAAGUCACGACUGGCCCCAGCAUCAGAUGACUGGGAGCCCUUGGGGGAUGUGGGCAAGGCCAGGACCCACUGCACCCUGAAACGCAGGCCCCAUGCCACCCCACCCCAGCCCCCUUCUCUCUUCAAUUGCCACUUCGCCUGGAAACGCUGCUGCUGCCUUGGCAUCCCUUUGCUUCUUGCUUUGGGAAUGCUCCUUUUCAUCCUGUUUUAUUUCACCAUGAAGUAGUGGGAGCUGAGGACCACAGAGAGGAACUGGGGUGAUGCCUGGGAGGAGCUGAUGGAGAGCCUGGAAAGCUGGGUGUUCAAGGUCAGCUCUUGCUUGUAUCAUGGUGAAGCUUCCCUGACUCCCAGGAGUACAAGGACACAUCAGAGUGCCUCAGCCAGGCACCUCUUCCCACAGCCUUGGGAACUGGUGGGAUGUCUUACGGGACAAAUUCUGCAUGAGGACAACCCUCAGCUGCCCCUGCAAAGGAUGAGUGUAUUUAUGAGAAUAAACCAGCUCCUUUCUCCUCA